CAAGCAAUUCAUUGUUUCUCGUAAUAUUUUAUUUACAUUAACUAAUACACAAAAGUUAUCAUGGAAAUUACGCUUUUCUUUACCAAAUCGAACAUAUAUACCUCGCGCGGGAUUAUAUAAUAGACCAUCAAUUGUUAAACCUAUUUUAUUCGCAUGCUUCACGUCGGGCACAACCUUUGCAGUUGCCUUGGCUUAUUCCGAACAUAAACGAAGGACUAACAGAAGAGCUCUAAUAGGACAAUAUAAUAGUAUGGAAGAGACGUCUGUUAUUCCAAACUGGGUCAAAAGAGUAUUUAGUCAACCAUUAAAAAAGUUACAGGAUUCAGACCUCUAUAUAGAACUUGAAAGGAACGUAGCACUUAUAACGAGACGAUGGCGUUUAUUAAGUGAUAGCCAAAAAACGAUAUUAACAUUGAUUGGGAUCAAUGCUAUAAUUUUUGGAAUGUGGCAAUUAACACCAUUUCAACGUUUAAUGGAAAAAUAUUUUGUUCAUCAUCCAUUAUCUGGUCGAAUGUUUACUUUACUGACAUCAGUUUUUAGUCAUAAAGAGGCAUGGCAUUUCGGUUUUAACAUGAUUGCAUUAUGGUCUUUCGGUGGAGUAGUUUAUAGAAUGUUAGGUAAAGAACAAUUUCUUGCAUUUUAUAUUAGUUCAGGAGUAGCAUCUUCAAGCGCAAGCCACGUAUUGUCCUUGAUGUUUAAGAAUCAGAAGCAAAUAAUAGGUUCAUUGGGAGCUUCAGGGGCUAUUUUUUCGUGUCUAGGCGCGUGUGCCAUGGUAUAUCCAGAGGCAUCGGUAUAUUUGAUAUUUCUUCCAUUCUUUCCUAUAAAAAUUGGGUAUGCACUUCCGGCGCUUAUGGCUUUUGAUUUAUUUGGUAUAGUAUCUGGACUGAGAAUGUUUGAUCAUUUUGCACAUUUAGCGGGAGCAAUUUUUGGAAUAUUAUAUAGUAAAUAUGGACCAGAAACAUAUUAUAUUAUUCUAAGUAUUUUAAGACAACUAUAA